CCUGCUGCUUCCUCGUCAGCAAAGAUGCCUCGAUCAUUCCUGGUGAAGAAACACUUCUGUGCCUCCAAGAAACCCAACUACAGCGAGCUGGAGAGUCAGACAGUGUACAUCUCGCCAUUCCUCUAUGACAAGUACCCCAUACCUGUCAUACCCCACCCGGAGAUCCUGACAACCGGAGCUUACUUCCCGCCACUGGUCUGGGACACCAGCUUGCUCACCACCUUCUUCACCACCACUGACCCCGACUACAGCAAGUCCCCCAGCUCCACGUCAAGCGGCGACGACUCCAAGCCCCUGGACCUCACGUCCUUCUCCAGCGAGGACGACGAGGGCAAGACCUCCGACCCCCCCAGCCCGGCGUCCUCGGCCACGGAAGCCGAGAAGUUCCACUGCAACCAAUGCAACAAGUCUUACUCUACUUUCGCUGGACUGUCCAAACAUAAGCAACUGCACUGUGACUCGCAAACCAGAAAAUCCUUCAGCUGCAAAUACUGUGACAAGGAAUAUGUCAGCCUGGGGGCCCUGAAGAUGCACAUCAGGAGCCACACUCUUCCUUGUGUCUGCAAAAUCUGCGGCAAAGCCUUCUCCAGACCGUGGCUUCUACAGGGGCAUAUCCGAACUCACACAGGUGAAAAGCCGUUCUCCUGCACGCAUUGUAACCGUGCCUUCGCCGACCGCUCAAACCUCCGAGCCCACCUGCAGACGCACUCGGACGUCAAGAAGUAUCAGUGCAAAACCUGCUCCAGGACUUUCUCCAGAAUGUCGCUCCUUCACAAGCACGAGGAGACGGGCUGUUCGGGAAGCCACUGAGCGCUCCCUCGUGCGCCUGAUUGACUGUUAGAGACAGUGCAGAGAGAGAGAGAGCCAAGCCUCUCCCCGAGUUUCAAAUAUUCCCUGGCUAUGGUGUAGCAAGCGCACAGCAAUCACGUGGGGGACCUAUUACACUUAUAUAUAUAUAUAAAAAAAGAAAUGCUCUUAGGUGCCGAAAUUAGCUCUCUGCCUUCCAGACUUUCCUUGCAGUCUCCUAGAUAACACUACAUUCAAGAUAUGUGCACAUUAGACUGUUACUCAGUAUUCUAAAUGAACUUUAAAA